CGAAUAUAAAUGAAACCGGUUUUCUGUCAAACACACACUUUCUUCUUGAACUUGGCACUUGGAGUUCUUGAUUAAUCCAAACAUUCCCCAUUAACUGUUUCAAGGAUUGCCUAGACAUAGGGUUGCUUUUUUAGAUCGAUUUCUAGGGUGUGAAUCUAUUUAUUUUCGCACAGUUCAUUCCUUUUCCGUGUGCGCUUCCUUUCAUCGCCUUGUUUUUCGUCUACAAGGUUAAUUUUUUUUUUCCAUUUUCUCUUUUCUUCCUUCUUGUCGCUUUUUUCUAAUCAAUUUGCCUGUUUUCAUCUCAUCAGAUUAACAUUAGGUCAUAGUAUUCAAGGAGGAAAAAAACGAAAAACGAAAAACUGGUCUUUGGGUAUACAAAUCAAUUGGAUUUCUUUUUUUGCAUCAUUAAUUCUUUCCAUUUUUUUCCUAUAUGUUUUUCUCCUAUUUCCUUGUGUUUGUGUUUCUCUGUUCCAGUCUCAUCAGUUGUCAAGUGAUAGACCCCGAUCAGGAAUACGCCCGUCUUCACCUUUCUCAGCUCGAUAAACGAAAUUGGAAAAAGCCUCCUCCUCCUCCUUCCACCAAUGCUUCUUACGCUCCCGUUAUCGGCUCUUGUAGCGGAUCGCAACAACUUCUUCAUUCCUUAAGCUCUGGUCAACUUCCACAAUUAGAAUCUGAUUUUCUCCAAAAACGCACCCAUUCUUCGAAUGAGGCUCUUCGUUCCUUUUUACAGUCUGCCCAUUCUACGUCCUCUCUCGAUUUGGACAGUCUUCUUGGGGACAAUGGCCCUCGUUUAGGAAUUGCCGUCUCUGGUGGUGGCUAUCGUUCUAUGUUUUAUGGUGGUGGUGCUCUAGCUGCGUUUGAUCGUCGAAGCAACGAAACCACUCUAGGUGGUCUUUUGCAAGGUGCUAGUUAUAUCACCGGUGCCGAUGGUGGCUCCUGGCUUGUUAGUUCUUUAGCCAUUAAUGAUUUUCGCACCGUGCAAAACUUGUCUUCCACCAUUUGGUAUUCUCGUCUUGGUAUCUUUUUUGUCGAGGAAACUCACUUUGGCGAUAAUAAGAAUUAUUACACCGAUCUCGUUGAUGAAGUCAACCAAAAAGCUGCUGCUGGCUUUAACGUGAGUUUGACCGACUAUUGGGGUCGUGCUAUCGCUCGUCACACGACUGGUCGCCUUCGUGGUGGUCCAGAUACAACUUACUCUUCAGUACAAAAUGCUUCCUGGUUUCAAAAUGCCGAAUAUCCCUAUCCCAUUAUUGUUUCUCAAGGCCUUCCCGGUGCUCUCUCCGAUGGUCACAAUGCCACUUCUUCUAAUUCAAGCAUCUAUGAGUUCUCUCCUUACUAUUUCAACACAUUCGACAAUAACGUCCGCGCUUACAUGCCUCUUGAAUAUCUUGGAACCAAGUUAAACAAUGGUUCUUCCAUCGAUAAUAAGUGCGUUACUCAAUUCGAUAAUGUUGGAUUUUUGAUAGGUACUUCCUCUACACGCUUCAAUGAAGCUCUCAUUGGCGUUAGUUUGCGUGAUUCCCGUAUGAGUCGUCGUCUUGGCUUUACUUUGCGCCAUAUGAGAAUCAACGGCUCCGCUGUUAGCUACUACAACAACAUGUUUGACGGUGCAUCCUCUAUAGCAGGUGAUGGAACCGCUGCUUCUGAUGGUUUAACCACUGCUCCUUAUGUGGAUUUAUACGACGGUGGUGCCGAUAACCAAAACAUUCCAGUUUGGCCUUUGCUUCAACCAGAACGUCGUGUCGACGUUAUUUUUGCACUCGAUGCUAGUAGUGAUACUGAAAACAACUGGCCAAAUGGUACAUCAUUAGUUUCCACAUAUGAGCGCAUUACUCAAAAGGCUUCCGACGCUUCCUAUGGAGUUAACUCUUUUGUCCAUAUUCCUUCUGUAGAAACAUUUAUCAACCUUGGCCUAAAUAACCGUCCAACCUUUUUUGGUUGUGACGGACGCAAUACUACCAGCCAAAGCCAACAUGUCGAUGAGAACACUCCUCCCCUCUUGGUAUAUCUCCCCAAUUCUCCUUGGACGACAGAGUCAAACAUUGCUGACGACCGUUAUCGCCUUGGCAAUUCGGAUAUCCAAGGUUUAGUUCGUAACGGUUUCGUUGCUGCUACUCAGAAUAAUUCGACUGAUUUUGCCUCUUGUUUGGCUUGUGCGGUUAUUCAAAGGUCCUUGGAACGUAAGAAUCAAUCUGCACCCCAAGCUUGCCAGCAAUGCUUCUCUCAAUAUUGCUGGAACGGCACAGUUGACAAUUCUCCUGUUUUUGACCAAAAAGGAAAUGUAAAGUAUAACCCUGCCGUAAAAAGUGGUGCUAUGCAUCUCUCUGGUAAUGUUAUGUUAACUACCUUGCUUGUCGCUCUACUUACUUUUGGCUUAUUAAACUAAACUUGCAAUGGAAUUUUGCAUGAUUGUCCUUUUAUAAGAAGUUCGAAUUUCUGAGCCCGUGCUAGAAAUUUAACUAUUUAACAUCCUAAUUUCAUAGGUAUAAUUGGCUUUUACCUAUUGCUACUAUUUACUAUUAUACUUCUUAUUAUUGAAAGUAGUUUAACUACUGAAUAUCGUAUAAUUUUGAUGAGUUUCCGGGCAUAUUUAUUAUCGACUAUUAAUCAACGAAAUUCUCGUCGGUUUUACCACCUUACCUCUUUCUACCAAGUCGUGAAUAAGUCUCUAGCUCUUUCCUCAUUCGUCUCGUUUUUUAAUUCGUUCUUUGUACCAUAGUUUCUUGAUAAAAUUAAAUUGCAUUCCAAGUUUUUACUAAACUACUUUUUACAUUAUUUACUAACGAGCUUUGAAGCUACCAUUCGUAAAUAGUUCUACCAAGAC